AUGACUGCGAUCCUUCAAACUUUCGCUUGUUUCUUUUCCCUUUCGAUCGCCUUCGCGCUGCCAUCUAACCUGGUAAGGCUACCUCUAGCCAAACGAGACGUCGAAAGCAUUCCAUCAGAAGUCAACACAACAAUACGAAACCCUCUCACAGCACAGCCUGUCGCAUGUCUCGAUACCCGCCGGCUACCAACGCUGGUCCCAUCAGAUUGCGGCUACGUCCUCAACUUCAUUAUCCUCCAGGAGCCCAACGUCUUUGCAAAGCGCGUUUUCAUUCGCAACUCAUAUCAGACCGAAGCCAGGGGAUACGCUCGAUCUCGAUGGCAGUACGGCAGUUGCGAAGUUUCAGUCUACGGUCCUCCAGGUGCCAGGCAGCUGCUCACUUUCCUCGAGGUCGCUUUUACGGCGGACAAAAUCGUUCGUGAGUGUGUCACUGGUUUUGUGGAUCCGAUAGGGGGCGUGAGUCUUGUAGGCGAUGCGAGCGAAGCGUUUUAUGUUUAUCUUCGGGGUUAUGUGGAGCCUGAAAGCAUUUCUGCUAAGAACUCCACUAUUUCUCAGCGGCCAGCUGUCAGCGUGUCUAGGCGAACGAUGCGAUCUCAAAAGGACUCUGAAAAUGGUGCAGGAUCUCACAAAGUAGAGACCAGGGAUCCUUCGAUGGGCGCGUCUCGCGUGUCCAAUCUCCCCGCUGUCACUUCGAACUUCACCCUCAGUCCAGCGGCGCUUCCCAGGUACCCAGUACACUGCUUCAACCCCUUCAUUAUCCAUUUACAGCCCGCCGCAGCAACAGACUGCGGCGUGAUCAUCAACCAAGUCAUCCUUCGCCUGUUCGACCCGACGAGCCAGUUGAAUUUUGGCUUCACAGACGCUGCAGAUGUCGAUUUGUCAAAGCCAGAGUAUCAGAAAUGGCAGUAUGGACAUUGCAUGAUAUCCGUGAAGAAUAACAAUGUGGCUCAAGUUGAUACCUUCCGGCUGCUUGAUGUAGCAACGACCGCGAGAACGAUCAGCACGCAAUGCCUAGUCAACACCCAAGACAAGAUCGGUGGCGUUGCGAGUAUUGGUACUGAUGGGAGAGGCUUCUAUGUUUAUGUUGGCGGUCGGUUAGCCUCGAGCCCCGCCUUAAGUGAUCUGACGCUUUUGCGCGAGAGUACUGGGGCAGAGAGCUUUUAG